AUGGAGCGGCGGGGCGCGGGGCUGGCGGCGCUGGGCGCGCUGGGCCGGCGGCUGCUCUGGGCGCUGCCCGCCUACGCCGCGGGGCUGCUGGGGCUGGGCGCGGGCGCGCUGGUGCUGGCGCUGGCGCUCUACGCGGGCUGGCGGCGGCGGCGGCGCGCCCGGGAGCGCGGUUUGCGGUUGGCCGCCCGCCUGCAGCGCGACGAGGAGGCCGCCGUGCGCGCCGCCGCCGCCGCCGGGCUGGGCGCGGCCCGCGGGGAGCUGCCGGCAUGGGUGAGCUUCCCGGAUGUGGAGAGGGCGGAAUGGCUGAACAAGGUCCUGGCCCAGGCCUGGCCCUUCUUCGGGCAGUACAUGGAGAAGCUGCUGGUGGAGAACGUCGCCCCGUCCAUCCGGGCCUCCAACAGCCACCUCCAGACCUUCGCCUUCACCAAGGUGGACAUGGGCGAGAAGCCCCUCCGCGUCCUGGGGGUCAGGGCUCACCCCGGCGCCCACAAGAAGCAGAUCCUGCUGGACCUCAACAUCAGUUACGUGGGUGACGUCCAGAUCGACGUGGAGGUGAAGAAAUUUUUCUGCAAGGCGGGGGUGAAGGGCAUGCAGCUCCACGGAAUGCUGCGGAUCAUCCUGGAGCCCCUCCUCGGGGACGUGCCCAUCGUGGGGGCCCUCACCAUGUUCUUCAUCCGGCGCCCGACCUUGGACAUCAACUGGACGGGGAUGACCAACCUGCUCGACAUCCCGGGGCUCAGCUCCAUGUCGGACACGAUGAUCAUGGACGCCAUCUCCUCCUACCUCGUCCUGCCCAACCGCCUCCUGGUCCCGCUGGUGCCCGACCUGCACGAGGCCGCCCAGCUCCGCUGCCCCCUGCCCCGGGGCGUGGUGCGGGUGCACCUCCGCGCCGCCCGGGACCUGCGCUCGAAGGAUCGGUUCAUGGGGGGGCUGGUGGAGGGUAAGUCGGACCCCUACGCCGUCCUGCGCGUCGGCACCCAGGUCGUCACCAGCCGCGUCAUCGACAACAACCUCAACCCCACCUGGGACGAGGUGUACGAGUUCGUGGUGCACGAGGUACCGGGGCAGGAGAUGGAGGUGGAGCUGUUCGACAAGGACCCCGACCAGGACGACCUCCUGGGCAGGAUGAAGCUGGAUUUCGGGGAGGUGCUGAAGGCUCGGGUGCUGGAGGAGUGGUUCCCGCUGCAGGAGGGGGGCCGGGGGCGGCUCCACCUGCGCCUGGAGUGGCUCUCCCUCAUGUCCGACGCCUCCAAACUGGACCAGGUUUUGGAGAGGAACCGGACAAUCGUGGCCAAACCCGACCCCCCGUCAGCCGCCAUCCUCGUUGUGUACCUGGACCGCGCCGAGGAGCUGCCCAUGAAGAAGCCGGGCAAGGAGCCCAACCCCAUGGUGCAGGUCUCGGUGCAGGACGUCACGCGGGAGAGCAAGGUCAUCUAUAACACGUCUGCUCCCGUCUGGGAAGACGCUUUCCGCUUCUUCCUGCACGACCCCGUGAACCAGGACGUGGACAUCCAGGUGAAGGACGACCCCCGCCAGAGCAGCCUGGGCUCCCUCUCGCUGCCCCUCGCCCGCCUGCUCGACGCCCCGGAGCUGACGCUGGACCAGCCCUUCCAGCUCCAGCGCUCGGGGCCCGGCAGCCGCCUCUACAUGAAGCUGGUCCUGCGGGUGCUCUUCUUCGACGCCCCUGAGAAUGGGGGCCCCCCACCCACCCCGCCAGGGCAGCCGGACCCCCCGGCCAGCACCGGAGGCACCCACCGGCCCCCCCACGCCAGCCCUGACCCCCAGUUUGGCUCCGAGCACGUGCUGCGGAUCCAUCUCCUGGAGGCCGAGAACCUGAUCGCCAAAGACAACUUCUUCAAGGGGGUGGUGCGGGGCCGGUCGGACCCCUACGCCAAGGUGCGGGUGGCCGGGAGGGUCUUCCGCAGCCGCGUGGUCAAGGAGGACCUCAACCCCCGCUGGAACGAGGUCUACGAGGUGAUCGUGGACAACGUGCCGGGGCAGGACGUGGAGUUCGACCUCUUCGACAAGGACAUCGACAAGGACGACUUCCUGGGCCGGUGCAAGGUGCCGCUGAGGCGGGUGCUGAGCAGCCGCAUCGUGGAUGAGUGGCUGCCCCUGGAGGAGGUGAAGUCGGGGCGGCUGCACGUGCGGCUGGAGAACCUGACCCCCAGCCCCAGCGCCGCCCUCCUGGAGCAGGUCCUGCACACCAACAGCCUCCUGCAGCCCGCCCGGGGCGAGGAGCUCUCGGCCGCUCUCCUCUCCGUCUUUGUGGACCGAGCCGCCGACCUCCCGCUCCGGAAGGGCUCCAAGCCGCCCGCCGCCUUCGCCAGCCUGGCCGUGCGCGACGUCUCCGUCAAGACCAAGACCUGCACCCCGACCGCCGAGCCCGUGUGGGACGAAGGCUUCUCCUUCCUCAUCAAGCGGCCACACGUGGAGUCACUGGAGCUGCAGGUGAAGGAGGAGGGGGGGCAGCCCCUGGGCGCCCUCAGCCUGCCCCUGCCCCAGCUCCUGGCCUCCGAGGGGCUGGCGCUGGACGGCUGGUUCCCGCUGGCCGGGGGGGGGCCCGGCAGCCAGGUCCUGCUGCGGGCGCAGCUGGGGGUCCUGGUGUCGCAGCAGCCCGCGGAGGCGCCGGGGGAGGAGGAGUGCGGGGCGGGGGGGCUGCGCCAGCGCCUGCUCCCGGCUGACAGCCCCCCGGAGCCGGCGGAGGGUCCCCGGGGACGGCUGCAGCUCACGCUCUGGUACCACGGGGACGAGCACAAGCUGGUGGCCAUCGUCCACGCCUGCAGGAAGCUGAGGCCGGUGUCGAAGGAGCUGCCCGACCCCUACGUGUCCCUGGUGCUGCUGCCCGACCGCAGCCGCGGCACCAAGAGGAAGACCAGCGUGCAGAAGAAGACCCUCAACCCCGACUUCAACGAGAGGUUCGAGUGGGACAUGUCCCUCGAGGAAGCCUCGCGGCGCAAGCUGGAAGCUCACGUCAAGUCCACCCUGUCCUUCAUGUCGCGGGAGAAGGAGGCGCUGGGGAAGCUCCAUCUGGACCUGGCGCAGGUGGAUCUGUCCGAGGGGGGAACCCACUGGUACGAGCUGCGGGAUGAGCGGAGCAGCCCCUAG